AAUUACAGAGACAACUUUACAACUUCCAGCAUGAUGUUCCUGAAGCUCAGUCUGCUCACCUUGCUUAUCGUAGCGCCUGCCCUGCUCGUUUCGGCAGAAAAUGUAAUCUCCUGUGAUGGGAAUGUCCAGCGCCUCACUUGUGAAAGCGGAGUGAUAAGAAUGCAGACUGUCCUGUACGGCCGCAGAACCCAAAACCUCUGUUUUAUAAACCGCACUGCUGCUGAGCUCGCCAACACCAGCUGUAUCGCCAAUAUAACCAGCACAAUUAUUAGCAGGUGCAAUGGGCUGAGGGAGUGCGAAUAUAACACAGACAAACUUAACCUUACUGACCCAUGUUCUGGAAUUCACAAGUACUUCAACACGACUUACACCUGCGUCAGUGCCAGAACCAAUGUGGUCUGUGAAAACAGCUAUAGCACUAUAUACUGUGGAAAUGAUACUAUUACUAUUCUCAAUGCUGUUUACGGACGCAGUAAUCCUACAACCUGUAUAAAUGGAUAUAACUCCAGUGUAACCAGCAACGUCAACUGUAGCUCUGACGCACGCAGCAACGUUUCUGCAUUAUGUGAUGGACAAACCAAAUGCACUCUGUAUUCUACAAGCAACAAUUUUGAAGACAAGUGCCCUGACACUAAAAAGUACCUGACUGUCAAUUAUUUCUGCAAUCUAACUCCAAAUCCAAAUGUCACUAAAACCUUUUCGGUUUGUCAAGGCCUUGAUGCUACAAUUGAUUGUGGCAACCGCACCAUUCACGUCAACAAAGCUAACUACGGUCGAACCGAUUCUACUGUAUGUUCUACUGGAGUCCCUAUCUGCCAGAUCUCCACUACAAACUGCUACAAGACCGACUCACUACUCAAAGUUGCUCAAAUCUGUAAUGACAAGAACAGCUGUGUGGUACCUGUGACAAACGAGUUCUUUGGUGAACCUUGCUAUGGUACCAACAAGUACCUGAGCAUUGAUUAUAACUGUGUAUAAAU